UCCUGUGGAAAAAAGGACUGCAGUCACGAUACAUGAGAAUUGGUCGCCGCGGAUUUGCCUGAUCUGCGGAAUAGAGCCCUGAGGAAAUGCUUGGAAAACAAUCACCCCUACGCUGGUACCUCCUGGCUGUCCUGAGGGUCGGCCUUGCUGGUUUUGACACCCCGGCCGGCAACGAUCUCCUCGCCUCCCUUUUAGGAUUCAACUGAUCCCUUUGAAUCAGUCACUCUUUGUAGCCCCCUGCUUUGAGGGUACCACUCCCAAUGCCUCUGUCUCCAUUGAUGUGGGUUUUCUCCCUCAUGUGAAUUGUUCCUCUGUCCUUCGUACUAGCAGUUUCCUAUGUCCCCCUCUAGGCCAUGUUUUUCUCUGCGGAGGGAAUAUGGCGUUCCCAGCGUUGCCCGUAAAUUGGACUAUUUUUGCUCCAUUGCCUCCGUUCUACCUGAGAUGGAUAUUGUUCCGGGGAACGAGCCUGUUCCGGUUCCCAGCCUCGACUUUAUGGCUGGAAGACAUAAAAGGGCCGUAUUUGCUAUUCCCUUGCUUGUUGGCUUGGGCAUUACGGGAGCCCUUGCGACAGGGUCUGGGGGCUUGGGAGUCGCCAUACACUCCUAUAAUAAACUCUCUGCACAGCUCAUUGAUGAUAUCCAAACCUUAUCAGGAACUAUUAGUGAUCUCCAGGACCAGAUCGACUCUCUAGCCGAGGUGGUCUUGCAGAACAGAAGGGGAUUGGAUCUCUUGACAGCCGAACAAGGGGGUAUAUGCUUGGCCUUACAGGAGAAAUGUUGCUUCUAUGCUAAUAAGUCCGGUGUAGUCCGGGACAAGAUAAAGAAAUUACAGGAUGAUCUAGUCAAGCGUCGGAGAGAACUGUUUGAAAAUCCUUUUUUAAGUAAUCUUCAUGGCUUUCUUCCUUAUAUUUUACCUCUUGUAGGGCCUAUAUUUGUGUUUUUAUUAGCUCUAACCUUCGGUCCUUGGGUGUUCCGGAAGAUCACCUCCUAUGUCAAACAACAGCUGGACAAGGCCUUGUCCAAACCUAUUCAGGUCCAUUAUUGUCGGCUGGAUACUGGCGACCCUGAUCUUUAUACCGACAUUGGCCGGUCCCAAGGAUUAGUCUGAGCGCUGGUUUGAUUAGCCAAUGACGGGUAAGAUCCCCCUGAGGGGAGUCUGACCUAAGCCAGGGGCGUUGCCUUGCAUAUUGCCCCCAUGACGGGCAACAGUCUCCCACUCCUCGGGACAACCUAAGACAGGCACAAACCCCUCUGCUAAACCUUCCCUCUUAAGGAAAGAAAAGGGGGACAUGUAAGGGACCACAGGCCCAGUAUGACCUCUGGAAAAUUAC